AUGUCGCCUCCUCCUGCCCGUCCCGAGACCUCCGCACAGGCUUCUGACUCGGCCAAGCCUAGCAUGUCAUCUCUCUCGUCCUCCAGCUCGCUCCUGGACCUGCUCGCUGGAGCCCCCGCUCGCAUCACUUUGCCGACCUCCGCUCCGGUGUCCACGUCCACAGCCACAGCCACAGCCACAGCCACAGCCACAGCCACGGUUCCCACGUUAACUCCGUCCAAGCAACCCCAAUUGCUCUCAUCUCCGACGCCAUCCUCUUCAUCUGCAACCACCAUCACUGCAGCAUCCGCCACUAGUCCUUCGACAAGUAUCGAUGCUGACACCUCAACCAUCAUGUCUAACAGUUUCCAACAGAAGGAUGUGAGCCAUCUCAUGCAGCAGUUUAUGGCUCCCACCUCUCCACUCGUCAUUUUUUCUCCCAACUCAAAGUCAGCGGAGAACAAGGAUCCUAUGCAACUCACAGUCAACAAGAAAGAGUCGGAUAAGCAGUCACAGCCCGCCCUCACCAACAAGGCUUUGCAGCUGCCGCCAUCUCCUCCAAGUUCCGUCAGCAGCGCUUCUGGCAGCGGGGCUCGUCACAUCUCCUCUGCUAUCGACUCGCCCGUCACAAGCAUACCGCCUUCGCGUGGUAGCGAACUUGGCUUGACCAACGACUUUCGCGCCGCUCGACCUAGAGCAGCAGCAUCCGCCGCCUCUGCACCAACCCCACCGCUCAAGACGCCCUUCGACUUUGUCAGCCCAUUCGACAUGCUCUCCAAGCGUGAUGAAGAGUCAACACCGCAGCCCACUCCGCCUCAGACUCAGCCUCAGGCAGAAUCACCGUCUCGUUCGGAACAGCAGUCCAGCGGACGUGUUGCGGGCUACGAGGCAGCUGACGCUGGUAUCUCAAGUUUGAUGCAGAAGCUUUCUGCUGCUAACAAGAAGCAACAGAAGCCCAGCUUGCCGUCCAAACCUACAGAGCCAGCCUCUGCCGACGCUGGACCAUUCAAUUUCACCAACGCCGAAGAGUCCGAUGCUCAAACACAGCGACCUCGUGCCGAGACUUCGUCCUCGAGCUCGUCCAAGUCGGCAGCAUCUCGCUCGUCGCCCAAGCGUCCCACUUCCCGCAGGCUUCCAACUCAGCCUUCCGUGCUAGAUGCUCCCGACAAGCAGUUCCACGCUUCGCGUCACGUCGCUGUACUCAAGAAGGAUGAUGCUUUCGACGAGCCUAAGUCAUCAGGCCUCUCGAUCCUCUCGCCUUCGCGAUCCACUAGUGCACCCAGCAUUGCAACUCUCGAGCUCGCAGCACAGCAGCCAGGCGGUCUCUCCAGUUUGAAAAACACCAAGGUUGAGACUUCCGGUGUUGCUCUCAUUAAAUCGCCAUUCCAAUUCCCAUGCAACGUAUCAGCAGCAGGUCUGCUCCCAGCCUCCCGAAUUGCUAACCUCGGCCACGAUGUAGCAUGCUACGCCAUGUCCAAGGGCAAGGUCAGGCUCAUUCACGUAGGCACGGGCGCAAGGUCGCUAGUCCAGACCCCAAGCAAGGCUGGUGUUCGAUCCAUCGUAGCCUUUGAGUCUUACGAGGACGAUGGCACCUACUUGCUUGCUGCUCUGACUGAGCGAUCCAAGGAGGCGCAAGAUGAAGCCGUCGUCUUCUGGCGAAUCCCUGCCUCUUUUGUGCAGCAGGGCACCGAAGACGAAAGUCCGACCUUGCACGGUCGCAUCACUGCUGACCCUUACAAGAGCCCUUUCAUCUACCGCUUCACCGCCAUCGCCUUCCACCCUAAUAAGCCCAAGAUUGCCAUCGCCACCAGCGACAGCAACGUCAUGGUGGUUGACAUUGCCCAGCAGCUUCUCUACCAGACAGAGCCCUCUUCGCCAUCCAGCAAGGUCCGAUCGCUUUCUGAGAGUGAUGUUGACCCCAAACACAAGUUAUGUGGCUUUGCCUUCUCGCCAGAUGGCUCCAUGCUAGCUACCCUCUCGGCUCCACUCGAGGGCGAUGUCUCCUGGAUCUUGAGUUUCAAGCAGCUCGAUGGCAGCUCUCAUUCUCCCGAAAGUGACUCGACUUACAUGAUCAAGUCGCCGCUCCAGCAGCCUAUGAUCAUUAGUCACCUCUCCUUCAUCUACGGACCAAGUACUGAGGACAAGGAUGGCGAAUCGAAUGACACCGACUUCCAUGCCAUCCGUGGCGUCAUCGUCGGUUUCAGAUGCAACACCAUUAUCGGUCUCUAUGACAUGGCUUCACGCACUUGGAAGCAUGUCUGGCAGUUCGAAGGCCCAGCUCAAGCCCAUCCAGGUGUUGAGGAGCACUUCAACCUGAUCCGUCUCGACACUGCAAGCAGCUCGCUGUUGGUUUGCAACAGCUUCCGAUCGUCUGUAUUUGCCAUUCCGCUUGAGUUGCAGUCGCUACAGGCGCGCGGCCAGGACGGUCUGCUGCCAUGGAGCAUUCAGCUUUCGUACCCGAUCAAGGAAUUUGCUCUGCAGGACCCUUGCACAUCGGUCUCACUCAGUGCAGCUGCUAGCGACGAUGAGGAGCCCUCGAGACUGUUCGUCACUUUCCCUGAGGGCAUCAGUGUCGUUCGUCUCUCGGAACCUAGGCCUCCUGUUGAAGAGAAGCCGGGCGAGGAUUCAAUUCUGGAUGCGAAGGCCGAUAAGGCAACGCCGGAGCCAACCGCCGAUCCCGAGGCAGUCGAGGCACAGUCUACUCCCAGCAAGAGCGCCAAGAAGAAGAACAAGAAGAAGAAGGCUGCUGCUGCCGCACAGCCUCAGGUCGACGAGCCUGCAGCGCCCGCUGAAAUUCCCGAGCCCGCUGCUCCAGCUCCUGAGCCGCAGCAAGAAGAAGAACCUGUUGCGCGCGAGGAGCCCAAAGAGAGCAAGACCGAUAUCUCGGACUUUAUCCCUAAGAUUGCCGUGCUUGGCCCCACUCCUGCUCUCGCUUCACCUCCUGCACCUGAACCGUCUCCGGUCAAGGAGACGAUCAUCGAAAAGCCAGUCACCCUCACCGCCUCCGCCGAGGUUGUCAACGCCGCUCUCUCCGACACUGUCGUCAAUGCAGUGCACGAAGCUGUCUCGGCCAACAUCGAGUCCAGUUUCCAGCACUCCAUCGAGACUGCCAUCCCCAAGGAAGUCGAACGGCUCAUCACCUCGACCGAGCUCAAGGCUGAGCUCACCCGCAACAUCGCACAGACCAUCCUGCCUGCCGUGCAGCGUACAGCUAUGGAGGUGGUCAGCCGCGUCCUCGCUCCUCACUUUGAGGAUGUGAUGAUGCAGCUGUCUGAUCGGGUCGAGCGAGCGAUAGUUUCCGAGAUCACGAAUGUUCGGAAGACACUGGUUGAGGAGCAGAGCGAGUCGCUCAAAGGUACAGGGGAGACGGUCCUGGCGAUUCAAAAGCAGGUCAACGAGGCGCUUGGCAAGUUGAAGGAUCUGAACGUUGAACAGCUCAACAAUAAGGUCACUGAGGUGCGUGAUGAUGUUGCGGCCUCAAAAGCUGUCGUCAAAGCUAACCUCGGUUCUGCUGAUGAACUGUCCGAGGUCGAGGCUACGCCCGUUGCACCCUCACCGAAGAAGAAGGAAGGUCUGUUCAGCUUGAACAAAAGCGCAGCUGCUCUUGUUCGCAAGCAAACCGCCGCGCCUGCUACCAAGGCCCUUGCACCUGCUAAGAUCCCCACCAAGUGUGCUCUGCCCGAGCGAAUUGCCAUCAUUGGUGCUGGUCCCGUCGGUUGUCUCGCAGCCCUUGCCUUCGCGCAGCGAGGUUGCAAAGUCGACAUCUUCGAAUCUCGUCCCGACCCACGAACGCACGAAGCCAUCACUCGUUCUUCACAGCGCAGUAUCAACCUCGCUCUCUCCACUCGUGGCAUCACCGGUCUGCGCAGUGUCAGCCUCGUCGGCCUCGGUUCCACAGACAAAGACCUCGCUGAUCUCGUGCUGGAAGAUUCGGUCCCGAUGCGAGCUAGGAUGAUUCACAUCGUCACCAGGCGCGCGACUAAGGAUCAGAAAGCAGAGGUCAAGGAACAGAGUCAGCUCUAUAGCAAUAAGGGAGAGUGCAUCAACUCUGUUGAUCGUGGUAGGUUGAACAACAUCCUGCUGGAUCAUGCACUGAUGCAUCCUAAUGUGGCUGUGCAUUUCGAGCAUAAGCUGCAGAGUGUUGACUUUGAUCAUGAUUCGAGGUCGAAGCGUGGGGCUUUGCCUGCGGCCAACGGGGCUAGCAAGAAGACGAUCACUGGUGGAGAAUCCUUUGUAGAUGAAGGAGCUCGUCGGGGUGGGAAGAAGGGUAAGCGCAACAUUGCGUCUGCUGCACAGAAUCAGCAGCUGCUGAUUAAGGCGACACCUAACGCGGCUGGGUCUGGUGAUAGGGUGAAGUUAGACUUUGACAUUCACUCCACGAACCAAUCCAUCCCGAAAUCAUCCAUCAGCCACCAAGCAUCCCUCGUCGUCGGCUGCGAUGGCGCCCACUCCUCCAUCCGUUCCGCCAUGGGCUCACUGAUCCGCAUGCACUACACGCACAACUACAUCGACACAGGUUACGUCGAACUUUCCAUCCCACCCCGCACCUCGCUCUCUUCCGGCUCAUGCACCCGCGGGUCCGGCGGAACCGAUGGCAAACCUCACGGACACGAGGCCUUCCAUCUCGACCCAAACCAUCUCCACAUUUGGCCGAAACAUUCGUUCAUGCUCAUUGCACUCCCCAACCUCGAUGGGUCGUUCACAUGCACUCUUUUUGCUCCGUUUAAGAUGUUCGCCUCUCAACUAAGCACAAGGCAGGGCAUCGUCGCGUUUUUCGAGGAGCACUUCCCUGACGCACUGCCCUUGAUUGGGGAGGAUAAGUUGGUGGAGUGUUUGACUAGUCGUCGAGCAUCUGCGUUAGGAUCGGUUCAGUGCGAUCCGUACCAUUACAAGGAUAGAGCAAUUUUGAUUGGCGAUGCUGCUCAUGCUAUGUUGCCUUUCUAUGGUCAGGGGCUCAAUUGCGGUUUUGAGGAUGUUCGGGUGCUCUUUGACAUUAUCGAUUCGAACGAGCAUUUGGAGCAAGCGCUGGAGAGUUACACCAAGCAGAGACAUCCGGAUCUCGUGUCGAUUUUGCAGUUGGCCGAACAGAACUAUCGCGAAAUGGCCCAUAGCGUCGUCUCUUGGCCUUACCUGCUAAGGAAGAAACUCGACAGCCUGCUGAUGGCAAUUUUGCCAAGUAGCAUGUGGAGCAGUCUUUAUACCAUGACUACCUUCAGUAAUCUGCCGUAUUCACAGGUCGUUCAAACGGAAAGGAGACAGCAGAAACUCAUUGCAAAGGCGUUAUUGACCAUGGUGGUAGCCAUCAUGACCGGGGCUAGUGUGGGGGUUUACAGGACUAGGGGGGUUUGGCAGCCGAUUACGAGGGGCUGGAUUCAGGGGUCGCACAACAAGAUCGCUUGA